AUGAUCUGUCAAGGGAAAAUCUCUCAUGCCAGUGGUAAUAAGGGACACAAGUCCUCUGAGAAUGCUGAUCUUCUGGCAUUUUGGUCUCCCUUCCUUUUGCUACACCUGGGUGGACCAGACCCCAUAAGUGCAUUUGCCCUUGAGGAUAAUGAGCUCUGGCUUUGGCACCUGUUCAGCCUACUGGUCCAAGUUAUUGUGACUGGUUACGUGUUCUUGCUCACACUUCAUGAAAACAAGCUAUUGGUCCUAACAUUGCUCAUGUUUGUGGCAGGAAUAAUCAAAUAUUUUGAGAGGACACGCGCAUUGUUUCUUGCAAGCUUGGAUAGGUUCCGAGAAUCCAUGCUCAAAGCACCUGAUGCGGGGCCCAACUACGCAAAGCUCAUGGAGGAAUACUCUUCGAAGAAGGAAGCAGGACUGCCAACAAGAAUAGAAAUGACACCAGAGCCUGGGAAAGACUCAAAGCUUGCAAUUGCUGGGAAGGAAGAACAGCUAGAGGAACUUGAUGUGGUGAAGUAUGCUUACAAGUACUUCGACAUAUUCAAGGGACUCAUCGUUGAGCUUAUCUUCAGCUUCCGUGAGCGCAAUGAAAGCCGAGUGUUUUUCCAAAGAAUAAACGAAGAAGACACGCUUAAAAUAAUAGAUUUAGAACUCAACUUCAUCUAUGAAGCUCUCUAUACCAAGGUGGUUGUGAUGCAUAACGAAAUUGGAUAUGCAUUCCGAGCUGUAUCCGUUGGUUCAGUUGUGGCGGCCUUUGUAAUCUUCGCUCACUUGAACAAGAUUUGUUUCACGAAGUUUGAUAUAUGA